AUGAAGAAUCUUGUGAAUGGACACCGAUGUUCUUGGAUAAAUGUAUUUUUCGAAGUGGAACUUCCUUGUAUCAUUUCGCUGUGGGAUAUCAAAAUUGAUAGCGUUGAGGAGGGUCGAGAAUAUGAUGCACCUGAACAAUUGGCGAUUCGAGGCUAG